GUUUAAAUGUCAAACAAUCCUAAACAAAAUGAACUGUCACGGGUCUUAAAAAUUACAAUGAAUUUACAAAAAAUAUAUCAAAAUUUUUGUUUUGUGAUGAUUCAUCGACAUUUUAGAAAUCACUGAAGAUGGCGCAAGUCAUAAUUGGCGGAGUUGAAGGGGGCGCGACUAACUCCCAUGCAAUGAUUAUGGAUUCGACAGGAAAAAUUUUGGGAAAAUCUCGGGGACAAGGGACGAAUCAUCAUUUAGCUGGUAUGACGGAAUGUAGGAAACGAAUAGCAGACCUGAUAAAUGCAGCCAAACAAGAAGCUGGUUUACCUCUAGACAAGCCUAUAACAGCUGUGGGUCUAAGUUUGAGCGGUUGCGAACUAGAAGAAACGAAUCAAGAACUAGUCAAUGGUAUUAUUAAAGAUUAUCCGAACUUAGCAGAAAAAUAUGUUGUCGCCAGCGACACAGAAGGUUCAAUAUCGGCGACAUCUAAUAAAGGAGGUGUCGUAUGCAUAGCGGGAACCGGAUCCAACACAUUGUUGAUAGAUACUGAUGGGAGGAAAGUACAAUGCGGGGGAUGGGGUAAUUUAUUGGGAGACGAAGGUAGUGCAUGGAAAAUAGCCCAUUCGGCAGUAAAAUACUGCUUCGAUGAUUUGGACGGCUUCGAGAAAGCGCCCUACCCAAUCGAUAAAGUCUGGGACCUAGUGAAGUGUCACUUCAAAAUCCGCAAACAACCCGACAUCUUAGAAUAUUUCUACAUGAAUUUCGACAAAGCCUUCAUAGCCUCUUUGACGAAGGAACUCAGUGAAUUGGCAAAAUCGGGCGAUGAGUUAGCAGCAGAACUAUUUAGACAAGCUGGUGCUUAUCUAGCGAAAUCUCUUAGCGCGGUGGUGGCUAAGGCUAGCUGUGAGCUCUUACGAAGAGAGGGGGGUAUACACAUCACGUGCGUCGGUUCCGUAUGGCUUAGUUGGGAGUUGCUCAUGCCCGGAUUCGUAGAAGAAUUGAAUAGGAAACAAAUUAUCGACGAGUUAACACUGAUAAGACUGAAGACUGAAAUGGGGACAGGUGCGGUGUAUCUUGCAUCAGAUUUAUUGGGUUUACCUUUGGAGAGAGAUUAUACUAAAAAUUAUACUACACUUUACAAUUAUAAGAAAGAGAGUGGGAUGUGUAAUGGAUCGUGCUAGUGAGGUUAGGUAAUGAGAUUUUUUUUUAGAAAAAAAUAUAUAUUUUUGUAUUAAUAAAAAUAGGAAUUUGAAAAUUUAAAGUAUUAUGAUUGUUUUAGUAGAAGUAUUAUUUUUUCGAUUAGAAAUAAUAAAUUUAUGGUAUUACAUUUUGUGUGUAGUGAUUUUAAGAUAGAUAAAUAAAAGGUAAUAUUUUUGUUUAAAAAAAUUGUCUGUAUUUAAGAUAAUAUGAUAUGUAUAAAUAACUUACAAAAUAGCACCGGUUAUACGUCGCAUAUUAUAGCAUGAAUAUGUUUUUUGAACUAAAGUAUAACUCUGAGAAUAUCUUCUAGAUAUAUAAAUGGCACCGGGAAUAUUCUUAGAAAGUAUGUAUGCGAAAAUCUGAGAUUAAUCGCAAAAACUUAUUCCAGUGAUAUCUAGGAUAUUCUUAAAUUAUUAUCUGAAUAUCUUGAGAUAUUAUUGAUUUUAAGGAUUAAUAAUAUCUUAUGUAUUCUUAGAUUGUAUGAGGUGGGUUGAGAGCAAUACAUUCUCUUAGGGAUAAAACAAUAUAUUAAUUAAUAAAAAUUGUGAAAUAUAUUUAUGUGAUGUUAUAAUUUAAAAAGUAGUUAACAAUAUGUGAUUAAAAAAUAGACUAUGACUAAUACUAUAAAAUUAUAUUGUCACUUCUAAGAAACCGAAGUUUAAUCUGUGGCUUAUCAAUGCCUAAACAUUUUUUAAACCUAAAAAUAUACCUGUUAAAUUGGAAUAAAAUUCGUAGGUACAAAAUAUUUAUAAUAUAGGAACCUAUAGGUACCCUAAAAACAGAACUAGUUAAUAAUACAGUAAGAGAAAAACGUAAAGUAGGUAUAAAAAAUUUACUAUUGAUUAAGCAGAGGUUUACAAAUAUUCUUUGUUAAGAGUAAACUGAAUACCUACCUUGAAAAUUUCUAAUUAGUCCGAUUUUUGUGAAUUAAUAACAAAACUUAGGGUGGAGAAACCUUAAUUUUUUUGUAAACCUAUUUAUUUUGAUAAUUUUUAAAAGAAUAUAAAAAAACAUUUAAGCACCAUUUUGUAUUAAAUCUAUGAAAAUUUGCUGCUUCUCAUUUUAAUAAAUAUCUACUAGUAGUUAUUUAAUGGGAGGGAGGGAUUCCCACCUUUAUUUCUUAAAUAUCUCUGUAGGGUGCUGCCUUGUUGUACAAAUUUAAAGCUCUUAAUAUUAUUGGGAUACCGUUACAUUGAUUUCAAAAUUCUUGUUAUUUUACAACCUUUUUAUUCGUUGUUCCCAUCUCUAGUCGUCAAAUAAAAUAACUGAACUUACAGAUUUUUAAUAUUUUUAGAAGGGAACAAAAAACUUGAGUUGGUAUACAUUUCCUUCUUAUAUUCCAAAGAGAUACAAAAUAUGUUCUAGAAUAUUCAAGUUUUUUAUUAUUUUAGACAUUUUAAAAAGGCUGACACGUCCGAUUGAAAGCCUCUUCUUCUAUCUUUUCUCUCACGGUGACAUUUAUUUCUUUUCUCUCAGUGGUACGCAUGUAAAUGCAAUUUUAUAUUAGAAGGUUCUCACAAAAUUUUGCUUCUCGCGAGAGUUCUGGUUUGCUCUUAACUAAAAACAAAUCUAUCUUUUUAUAAGCUAAGAAAAUUGUAUAAAAAUUAACGGUUUUCAUUUAUUUAAUAUUAUCAUGGUACUACCAUGUGUUUCCUUCCAUUCUUUUAGGUCUUUCUGGGCCACUAGACUCUGUCCUAUUAAAAAAUUUGUUAUUUUGUUUUGCUAACGAAAACACUGAUAGACAUAUAAUUGUUUUUCGUCAUCUGGUGAUUAUUUAUUUAUCUUAAGACUCUAAAUACAUUUUCAAUUAAUAAAAUCAACAUUCCCUUCUUUAUAAAGAAGAUUUAAUUUAUGUUAAAUUAAUCGGGGUUCAUAGUGAGAUUAUUAUAGAUUUAGAAACAUAAAGCAUUCCAUUUCGAAUUUUUUAAAUAUUUAAAGACUUUUCCUGAUGUAUUUUCAAAUGCCAAUAAAAAUAUCCCUCCUCCGGUGGUCAUUGAGUUUUUGUCAGCUCCGUAAAAAAAUUAUUUUAUAAUUUAUCUGUUCAUUUUUGAAAAUAAAGGUUUUUUGUAUAGGUAAACUUAUUUCAAAAAUGUAUGUAUAAAAAAUGUUAUUAAAUAAAAUUAAAUGUG